GUAUUUUGCGUCAGGAUGUUCACUCAUGGAACUUUACUACAACUACAGACUCGGUCAUACAACAAUUUGCACAAUAAUUAGAGAAGUAUGUAGCGUUAUAUGUCAAUAUCAGGAACAGUUUAUAGGUCUUCCAAAGACAGAAAAUGAUUGGGAAAAAGUUGCAAGAGGAUUUGAAACAAUCGCAAACUUCCCUCAUUGCAUCGGCGCCAUUGACGGGAAACACAUGAGAGUAAUAAAACCGAUGCAUACUGGAUCACUAUAUUUCAACUACAAGCAUUAUUUUUCAAUUGUACUACUUGCUCUGUGUGACGCUAAUUGCAAUUUUCUUUAUAUAGACGUUGGAGCGUAUGGAAAAAGCAGCGAUUCAGCAAUUUACGAGUAUAAAGAUAGUGCUUUAUAUAAUAAUCUCAUUAACCAAUCUUUACCUGUUCCUGCGGCAAACCCAUUGACAGAAAACGGUGACAAUGUUCCAUACGUAAUAGUGGGAGAUGAAGCUUUUGCGUUACAUGAAAAACUCGUGAGACCAUAUGGAGGAUACAAUCUUAGUUACAAGCAAAAAAUAUUCAACUACCGAUUAUCAAGAGCACGCCGAUAUAUCGAAUGUACUCGUACAUUUGGGAUUUUAUCUAACAAGUGGAGGAUUUUUCACAAGCCCAUGAAUGUACAUAUAGAUUUGGCAAAAGCGAUUGUAAGGACAUGUUGCAUAUUGCACAAUUUUGUACGUUCAAGAGAUGGCUAUUCUUACGAAGAUACUCUAACGGUAACAGGACUUGAACCAGGUACAAGUCGAAAUCGCGAUAGAGGAGGAAGAACGGCACUCACAGUUAGAGACAAAUUAGCAGAUUAUUUUGUUACUGAAAAUCCAUUACCAUGGCAAGACAAAUACCUAGGAAGUGGAAAUUCAAUAACCGAUUUACAAACGGGGAAAAUCUACUAUUGCAUAUAUGAUACAAAGAGUUUGUCGUGCUAUCUGGACCAAUCUUCUUCGAGACAACAUCCCUGA